AUGCUACAGUAUUAUUUAUUUAUGAUUUUAUUUCUUAACGUAAUGACUAAAGUUAUUUUUGAAAACUCAAUUAAAAUGAGGCAACCAUAUCUUAAAUUAAAUGAAAAAUUUAUAAACAAACCUUUUCAAAUUUCACAUUUAAGUUCCUUAAAUUAUAAACAACACAAAAUAUACACAUAUAUAAAACGCCCAUUAUUACAUAUUAAUCAAAGAAAAUUAAGUUAUUUAAAAAAUAACAAGAACAUUUAUUCUAAAUAUUAUAAUAAUGAACCAGUUUACAACACAUACAACCCAAUUUUAAAUUAUGAUGUUUUAGAUUUGAUAAAAGUAUAUGGAAGGCUAGCUGAGCAUUCUAAAUAUGAAUCGUUAGAUAUAAUUAUAAAUGUAGAAGUAGAGAAAAAAAAAAAAUAUAGCAAUUUUUUAAAAAAAAUUUUUUUUUUCUUUAAAAAUCAUAACCAUAAUGAUUAUAAUAGAGUUUUAUGGUUUAAUCAUUUUUCAAAAUACGGCAAAAUGAAUUUUACAGAUUUUAAAAAUUCUUUAUUACAAUUAAAAUUUAAAUGGCCUAAAGAUUCUAUAUUUCCAACAUACAACAUUUUUUUAUUCGAAAAAGGUUUAAGUAAAAAUAUGGAUUCUCCAUUAAUAAGAAAAAAAGUAGAAAAUUAUAUUCAGCAUCAAGAAAUAAAUGAAGAAGUUUUAAAAAGUUGCUUUUAUUGCUUCUCAUCAGGUGAAGAAUACAUAACUGCCGAUGAUAUUUUAAACACAUUUAAUGAAUGGAAAAAGGAUGAUAUGAAUAAAAAGCAAAAUAAAAAAAAAAAAUUCUUCUUCUUUUUUAAAAAGUAUAACACUACUAAUGAUUCGAUAGAUUGGUUUACUUUCAAGAAUAGAAUAGAUUUAUGUACAAUUAAGAUGCAUGAAUCUAAAAAAUAA